CGCGGGGAGGAGGGAAGGAGGCUCGGCCUCGGCUGCCCGCGGCGCCGCGCUGCUGCUCGCUCGGCCCCUGCAGGUGCCAUGACUCAACAGUCCCAGGAGGGCUUCGACAGGAGCAUGGAGGAUGCCCUGCAGUGGAUGCAGGCUGUGCAGGAGCGGCUGCAGGUCAAUGACAACACCCAGGGGCCCCGCGCGGCCCUGGAGGCCAGGCUGCGGGAGACCGAGAGAAUCUGCCAGCUGGAGCCCGAGGGGCACCUGAAGGUGGAACUGGCGCUGCGGGCUGCUGAAGCCCUCUUGGCGUGCUGCCAUGAGGAUCAGAAGCUCGAGAUCCUGGCCCGGCUGAGGGACAUCAAGGCCCAGUGGGAGGAAACAGUCACCUAUAUGACUCACUGUCACAGCCGCAUCGAGUGGGUGUGGCUGCACUGGAGCGAGUACCUGCUGGCCCGCGACGAGUUCUACCGCUGGUUCCAGAAGAUGACAGUCAUGCUGGAGCCCCACGUGGAGCUGCAGCUGGGCCUGAAGGAGAAGCAGUGGCAGCUGAGCCAUGCCCAGGUGCUGCUGCACAAUGUGGACAACCAGGCCACGCUCCUGGACCGGCUGCUCGAGGAGGCGGCCUCCCUCUUCAACAGGAUUGGGGACCCCAGUGUGGACGAAGAUGCCCAGAAGAGGAUGAAGGCCCAGUAUGACGCGGUGAAGGCCAAAGCCCAGGACCGGGUAGACAUGCUGGAGCAGGUGGCCCGGGAGCAUGAGCAGUACCAGGCAGACGUAGACGAGUUCCAGCUGUGGCUGAAGGCGCUGGUGGAGAAAGUGAAUGGCUGCCUGGGGCGGGACUGCCAGCUGCCCACCACGCACCGCCUCUCUGCACUGCAGGCUAUAGCCAAAGACUUUCCCAGGGGUAAGGAGUCUUUGAAGAGGCUGGAGGAGCAAUCCGUGGGCGUCAUUCAAAACACCUCUCCUUUGGGUGCGGAGAAGAUCACCAGAGAACUGGAGGAGAUGCAGAAAGUUCUGGAGAAGCUGCAAGUCAUCUGGGAGGAAGAGGAGGGGCGGCUGCGGGGGCUGCUCAAGUCCAAGGGAGCCUGUGAGCAGCAGAUCAGGCAGCUGGAGGCUGAGCUCGGAGAGUUCAGGAAGGUCCUUCAGAGGCUGGCCCAGGAAGGCCUGGAGCCUGCAGCGAAGGCUGAGACUGAGGACGAGCUGGUGGCCCACUGGAGACACUACUCGGUGGCGCGGGCAGUGCUGGCCUCGGAGGAGCCUCGGGUGGACCGGCUGCAGACCCAGCUGAAGGAGCUCCUCGUCUUUCCCCAUGACCUGCAGCCACUCUCUGACAGUGUUGUCGCUGCCCUCCAGGACUAUCAGAGCAUGAAAGGGAAGAGUGCCAGGCUGCGCAAUUCCACAGGCAUGGUGCUGUGGCAGCGUUUCCAGCGGCCUCUGCAGGAUCUGCAGCUAUGGAGGGCCCUGGCCCAGAGGCUCCUGGAUGUCACCGCCAGCCUGCCAGACCUGCCCUCCUCCAUUCACACCUUCCUGCCCCAGAUCGAGGCGGCCCUGGCGGAGAGCUCCCGCCUGAAGGAGCAGCUGGCAGUGCUGCAGCUGAAGAAAGACAUGCUGGUUGGCAUCUUUGGCCAGGAGAGAGCCACGGCCCUCCUGGAGCAGGUGGCCAGCUCUGUGAGGGACAGAGACCUGCUGCACAACAGCCUUCUGCAGCGGAAAAGCAAACUGCAGAGCCUCCUUGCUCAGCACAAAGACUUUGGAGCUGCUUUCGAACCCCUGCAGAGGAAACUUUUGGACCUCCAAGUCAAGGUCCAAGCUGAGAAUGGGCUUCAGCGGGACCUUCCUGGAAAACAAGCCCAUCUCUUGAGGUUGCAGGGGCUGCAAGAGGAGGUGUUGGACCUGGGGGCACAGAUGGAGGCUGUGAAGCCCCUCAUCCAGGGGAAUCCCAACCAUCAGCGCAAAAUGGACCAGCUUUCCUCCGACCACCAGGCCCUGCAGAGGUCUCUGGAGGACCUCGUGGAUGGGUGUCAGCAGCGUGUGCGGGAGCACUGUACCUUUAGCCACCAGCUGCUGGAGCUGAGGCAGUGGAUCACCAUGGCCACGCAGAAACUGGAGUCACUUGGGGGAGACACGGGCCCGUGGGAUGCAGAGUCCCGAGAGGUCGAGAUCGAGAGGCUGGUGGCUGAAUUCCCAGCCAAGGAGGCCCACCUGCCCCUAAUCGAAGCGCGCGGCCAGCUGGUGAUGGAGAAGUCUUCUCCGGAAGGGGCAGCUGUGGUCCAGGAGGAGCUGCAGGAGCUGGUGGAGUCCUGGAGGGCCCUGAAGCUGCUGGAGGAAAGCCUGCUGAGCCUCAUCAGAAACUGGCAGCUGCAGAGGACAGAAGUGGAUUCAGGAAAGAAAAUGUUUUUCACCAACAACAUCCCGAAGUCUGGGUUUCUCAUCAACGCCACAGAUCCUAUUCCCAGGCAUCAUCUCCAGGCAAAUCUGCUCCAGGAAGAAGAAGGCAACCAAGAAGAUUUUUCCCAGCUCCUGAGGAACUUUGAGCAGUGGUUGCAGGUGGAAAAUUCCAAGCUGGUUAGAAUCAUCUCAGCGAGAACUGGCACAGCCGAGGACUUGAGGACCAGAGGAAUGAAACUGCAGGAGCUGGAGGCUCGGGUACCAGAAGGUCAGCAUCUCUUUGAGAACCUCCUCCGUCUCAGGCCAGCAAGAGGGACCUCGGAUGAGCUGGAAGAUCUGCGCUACCGGUGGAUGCUGUACAAGUCCAAGCUCAAGGACUCCAGUCACCUGCUGGUAGGUGCUAAGGGUGUGCAGGCCCCAGGCCCCAGGGAAGGGAUCAUGGCUGGGCCCGGACUCUGGGGAGACAGAGCUUGGCCCACAUCCAUUCUGCCCUGUGCCUCCACACACCAGGCAGAAGUGACCACUUGGAGAGAGACACAGAGUUCUCCAGGGGAGCUGACUGGAUUCCAAAAGACGGACACUCGGCGGUGGCGAGGACCGCGCUCCCUGUCCCGGAAGGUGUGCUGCGUGGCGCUGCCCCUGCAGCUGCUCCUGCUGCUGCUGCUGCUGCUGCUGCUGCUGCUCCCAGUUGGGGAGGAGGAGCGUAGCUGCACCCUGGCCAACAACCUCGCCAGCUCCUUCACGCUCAUGCUGCGCCACAACGGCCCCCCGCCCACCUAGCCCACUGGCGACAGGCAGGUGACUUUCUUCUCCAGCCUCAUCAGUCCUGGGCUCCUCCUGAGGAUGCCACCCCGGGAACUGGAAAGAAGGGCAGGCCAGAGACCGCCGAGCUGCAUCGGUAUAAAUACUGUGUCAGUGUUCCCAGAACAAACUUACCUUUUAUACAGUGUUGUCUUAGUCUAUUUAUACUAAAUGCGUGCUAUGUGUGAUUAGGGGAUGACGCGUAGACUUUUUAUAUGCUUUGUAUGUAAAUGCUCAGUAUGUAUAAUUUCAUAUGUGAUGUCUAUUUGUAGUUGGGAAAAUUCAUGACAGUGUGCUUCUCCAGUGGGAUUUUGUGGCAUUUUUGCCUUGGUCUGCGGUCAGCCCUGGAGAGCAGGACCUUUUAUGGCAACCACUCAUCCAGAAGCCAACCCCCAAACCUAGACAUUCGUGAAAAGACUUCUGAGCUGCCAGCAUAGAGGAGCAGCACAGGCCCUCGCUUCAGAGCCCAACGACUCUUGCUUUACAUGCCAUGAGAAUGGAAAUGCUUGUCUAGUUUGAAAAACCACAAAGAUUGGAUGCUAUGGACUAGAAGCAGAAAUGACAAUGAGCAGAGACAGGCACAGUGAUAGCGGUGAAAAGUGACAAGUGACAGAACAAUGACAAGGGAGGAAAAGAGCUACAAAGAGCAGACCCAGAACUAAAAAGCACAGCAGAAUGGAGGCACAGUGUGCAGGAGACCUGAGGCCCCACCGCAUGGUGGCCUCCAGCAGUACAAAGCCAUGAGGAAUGUCCAUGGCAGUGACAUUGAGCCUUCAGGAAGUGGUGGGAUCGUGCUCUGUGUGUUUGUUCAGAGGAAAGGGAAGGAGAGGGACUUUAUUUUUAAGAUUCCCAUGGAGAAUGGUGAAACAUGCUCUGGGUGCAGCACCCACCUGAAAGUGCCAGGAAAAGGGAUGUGUCACCUCUGCUGCACUUGGACUGAGUUUUCCUCAUCUGGAACUCAAGCUGAGGGGCAGAGAGGAUGCACCUGCUACAGUAGGGGCCGGGUAGUGAGGGUUCAAGACAGAGGUGAGAGAAUUGGCCUUGGAGCCUGGCCUGUCUAAAGGGUCCGAAGGACUUUAGAGGCAGGCAGGUCCACCAGGCCAAGAAUGUCCUACAUGCACCCCUACACAGGACUAGGACCCAGGCCACCCAAAACCAGCCCUCUCAGGCACCACCUGGAGAGGGACUGGGCUGACUCCAUGUUGGACCUGAAGCCAGAAACAUAGAUUUUCCUUGCCAGGGAAUUCUGGAAUGGUCCCCAAGUGCUUUACAACUGGACCAAGUUUUCUCUAAAUCAACACUAAAUUUUCCCUUCUUAAAAAAUACUUAGCGCCCACUCUUUACAAAUGAUUUUCUCUAUUCAACCACAAAUAAGAGACCCAGAGGGGAUUUCCUCAGCCUUUAUAUCAGACUUUGGAAUCGUAAAGUGUAAUAGACGCCGAAAGGCUCUUUAACAAAGGGGAAACUGAGACCCUAGGAGGGUCCUGCCCCCAGCACCACUGCUCUCUCGCACGCCCUGACCCCUCCCUUCCUCGCCUCAGGCCCAGCCUCAGCACCGCUCUCACCACGGGGACCCGAGUCCCUAGUGACGAAGAAUAGCUGGACAUCAUGAAGCAGGAAAACAGUGCUGCUGGGGAAGCUCUUGGCUCUGACUCAGAAAGCACACUUCUGUCCAGAUAUGUGGAAACCAAGCCACAGAGCUGUUCUCUGCAGGUGACUGCUUUACUGGAAAAUCAGGGGCCGAGUGAACCAAGCCCUCAGGCCCAGGCAGCCAAGCCCUCGUGCCCGACGAGUUGUUUUGUCCAGCCCUAGAAGACCAGAGCUGUGGCAGGGGACUUUGAACGUUUCUGAUUUCACCGGUGAGAAGGCUGAGGCCCAGAGAGGGGAAGUGACUUACCCAAGGCCACACAGCAAGAGACAGUGAGGCCAGAGCACAGUCAGCCACCCUGGCCCCCAGCCAGUCAGUGCCCUGCUCAAUGCAGUAUGAUCCCCCCAUAUCAGCAACUUCAAAAAAAAAAAAAGAAAAAAGAAAAGGCUGUUCAUGGUGAAAACUGCGUCACAUGUACCACGUGUUGGGGAGGGAAACGCUGCAGUACGUGGCCUGCCGUGGGAAUGUCUAUGUAUAUUUUUUAAACUUUGAUAAUGAUGCCAUAAAUUCCGCUUGUUUGCAUAAUUGUUUUUUUAAAUAGAGAAUCGAUAUUUUCAUUACUUUCAUAUAAAUACAGUUGUAAUGAUAUAA